ACCAGCUAUGUUGUUAGUAGUCAACUCGCAGAAGACGGGCGCACUUGGAUGUGAGGCGAUAUCAUUCCACUGGAGAUACAUCUUAUCUUAUCCAGCUUGUCAUCGCGUCAAUAUCAUCGUUCUUUGCAUCAUUGAUUUAUCGCAGAAUUCUUGUAAAACCGUACGAUCGCAAAAAGUUCACGUAGUGUGACCCUCACCGUCAACGAUAAAGAAGUGGGGAUUAGUAUUCUUAACUUGUGGAUACAGUGAGCCAGUGAUCAUAAAGCGCUUGGCAGUGACUGCAGUUUGCGACGAAUAGCUAACAAGGAUGUCUCUCGACCAGAAAUUUAAUGAAGCUGCUGAAGCUGUGAAGGCACUCACUAAGCUUCCCAAUGAUGAAGAGCUUUUAGAGCUUUACGGUCUGUUCAAGCAAGCUACAGUUGGCGAUAAUAACAUGUCCAAGCCCGGCAUGUUCGACCUAAAAGGAAAAGCAAAGUGGGAAGCCUGGAAUAAAAAGAAGGGAACUACGAAGGAAGCGGCACAACAAGCCUACAUUGAGUUGGUUGACAAAAUGAUAGAAAAAUACAAAUAAUUUCAUUCGCUACCAUAUACGACUAUUGUAAUCUCCUAAGUCUAACCUAACAAUUGUUCGUAUUUAUAAUUCUUACGUUUUUCACAUACACCAUAUCACAUACGUAUGUGCACACACACCACACACACACUUAUGAAAAUGACAUUCCGAUAUAAUAUACGAUAUCUACAUUUCCUAUA